ACUGUCUACUUCUUUCCCUUUGAUCAAUUCUUCAUCGCUUGAAUCCUCACAAAAAAAACCCCAAUUCUCUGAUCCGAUCUCCAAAGAUGGAAGCUGUUUUUCGCUUUAAUGGACCCGCUGCACCUGCCUUCAAAAUUGACAUUCAGGCUGAUGGUUUUACAGUAACUGUCCCGGCUGGUUUUACCAUUACCGUUAACCCUGUUGCCGGAUCCGGUGUACAAAUUCAUCCCACGCUUGGAGGUGGAUUCAACGUUAAUGGAGCCUCUCCUGUCGCUGAAGAUGUUAAGCCUCCCGUUUCAUAACAAAUAACUCUUUUGUUUACGAAUGUGGAGUUUGAGUUUUUCUCAUUCUUUGGCAAACAAAAUUGGUUAGAUUUU